CUAAACAAGAAGAUUUGACUAUUAAACCACUUUAGGUAUCGCUGCCCUGAGCUUUUCUCGAGUUUUUGCUUCUUCUCUUUUCCCUCCAUCUUAUGCCCUUAAGAGCCUUAGGGCUUUUCGCGCUGUCGGAGGUCUGCAAUUCGUUUGGCCGAAAAUGGAUACGACUCACUUUGGAAAUUAACUCUUUCGAAGUCACUGAACAUUUGUUAGGGGGCACAAAAGAGCGAGUGAAAAACAUCAGAAUAUCCCUGUAACAUUACAGUUAAUUAUUAUAGCAGUUUUGAUAUCUCACUAAUCUUGUAAAACAGACGCCAGGUAGUUAGUUAACAGCCAGAUAGCCCGUGCUCCUGAAAUGUUUUCGUAUACUGUAAAUGAAUUGAUCAGAUAUGUUUUCUGCUGCUCUGGAGGGAGAAGUGGGUGUGGCAGAACCUCGCCUAGGGCGCCACAACACCCAGAGCCUGCCGUGUUUCCCACAAUACCUACCCAAAAAAACAUUUUACUGAAUAUCAGCGUCUUCAGGUUUUGGCAGCAAGCAAUAUAGCCUCAGCGCGGCCUUUUCAACUAUAUCCUGCCAAUAUCUUAAUUUCUAUUACCGGACUAUAUAGUAGCUUUGUCCGUCUUCAAUGUGUAACACUGUGUUCAUAAAACAAAGUCUUUUGCAUUGGCAGGCUGUAUGAUCUGAAUAUAAAAUAAGUAGUAGCCUACAUUUAUAGGCUGCUGUAAAUAUAGCAUUUAGCAAAUGUUACGGCAAAUUCUAUAGCACAUUUCGUUGAAUAAAUUCCACUUCAACGAAAACGAAACUUGUUCUGUUAGUUUCAUUUUUGCAGAAAGAGACAGACAAUGUUUGUUUUGUUUUCAAAGCGGCAGCGUCGUACUCACUGCUGCGUCAUUUGAAUUAGACCGACAGCGUGUUCAGACCGAAAAGAACGUUAUCAACGACACACCGAAAUCAGGUUUACCUUGCUGCAAUGACGUUGAACCAGGACGCUUCACUAAAAAUAAAACUUAUUCAGCUUCAGUGCCACUUCACCUGGGGUCUCAGGAAAGAGGACACUGAUCUCAGUGACUUGCAAAAUAGACUGGAGGAUGAUAUCAGUUUCAGUUUAGCUGAUCAAGCUGGGGCCAAACACUUAUUCAGCUUUUUGGCUUUUCUGAACUAUUUGCAAGACCAGCCAGGAGAAGCACUCACUAACUUGACGAAGGCUGAAGACCACAUUCGUGAACACAAUGAAGAAUGUGAGAAGAUGCUCAUUGUAACAUAUGGAGACUUUGCAUGGCUGUACUACCACUUGAACGACCAUGUAAAAUCCAUGCAUUAUCUGGAGAAGGUGGAAGAUAUUAAGCAGCGAUUUCCAGCACAGUCUCCUACUGCUUUUCAUGCGGAAGUCUACGGAGAGAUGGGAUGGACCUUCCUCAUGUAUUCUAGGAAAUACCACGAGAAAGCGAAAGAGUGCUUUGAGAAAGCCCUGAUAGAGCAUCCAGACAAUCCUGACUGGAACAGUGGCUAUGCUACAGCGCUGUACCGGGUUGAAUAUGAGAGCAACACAACUGAAGAUUCACCAGCUGGUAAACAGCUAAGGCGCGCAUUAGAGCUGAGCCCUGAGGAUCCUUAUAUCAUGGCGCUUUUGGGUCUAAAACUAGCUGAUUCUGGGACAUUGAAUGAGGCAGAGGAACUGAUUGAAAGAGCUCUCAUGAUUUCACCAGCCAACCCUCACGUCAUGCGGUAUGCUGCAAAGUUUUUCCGAAAACUUAGAUCUAUGGAUAAGGCCAUAGACCUUUUCAAGCGUGCCCUUGAAAAAACCCCAAAUUCAGCCUUUCUUCACCAUCAAAUUGCAGUCUGCUAUAGGAAUAAUAAAAUCAACUUGUGCAGAAAUGGAGGGAGAAACAUCAACAGAGAAGAGGUUGAACACCUUCUCCUACUUGCCAUGCAUCAUUUUCAGAAGGCCAUUGAUAUGAGGCCCUCCUUCAUUAUCGCCAUGAUAGAUCUAGCUGUUUUACAUGCAGAGAAGGGAAACCUCACCAAAGCAGAGGAGCUGUUUCAGGAAGCAUUUCAGGUGGCCAGAGCGAAAAAUCUCAACCUGCAAGAUGUCCAUAAAAGUUAUGGUAACUUUCAGCUGUAUCACAAGAGAUCAGAGUCACUGGCCAUAGAGCAUUACAUGGAAGGGUGUCAAAUUCAGAAAGAUAACAGAACAGGGGAGCAAUGUCUUCAGAAAUUGGAAAUGAUAGCAAAGUGGCGUAUUGACAGGAAUCCGAGUGAUGGGGAAGCUUUUGGGAUUCUGGGAUAUGUUAAUCAGCUAAGGGGUGACAAGUUCCAAGCCAUAGAGUGCUAUGAGAAAGCUCUUUUACAUAACCCAGGAAACGAUGAGUUUCUCACAGCCCUCUGUGACCUUCGGCUUUCUCUGCACUAGUUGCUGGCUAUGUUUACCACUACCUGUGCUCACUCUCUGUAACUCUUUGCACAAGACCUCCAUACUAGGCACCAUUAUGGAUUCUCUUCUCAUUUUCAUAUCUCACAUAGCACUUAAGGUCAUCUGAAGCAUUGUUAAACCUCAUCAAAUGAAGCCUCAGAUUACUCACACAGCCAGUCUUGGGCUCUGCUCUCCAAACUAAGUCCAAAAAAUAGUUUUCACACGAAUGACAAUUUACAAAAUUUGAAAUGCCAAGGAGCCUCACUUGGAGCCGAAGGUCAAAAAGACGAUCGCUGAAACCUGAAGGUGCUCCAGACCUGGGAAACAUGGCAAACCUGCAUAAUUCCUGAAAUCAAUGCAAUAGUGAACACAAUUGGAUGCUGGGAUACGUCUAUCAAGUAAAAACUAAGAAUUUUCCGGAGAAUGUUCACUGUUGGACAUCAGAGACCUAUAGCAGCCAAUAAUGUAAUAACUGCCAAUAUUGUAAUUGCUAAUACCAUAAUCGUGUUUCUAUUCUUGAUAUAGUAAUGGUCAAUAAUGUUACAACUAGCCAAUAAUGUAAUACGUUUUCUGAGAUAUGUAACACAAUAACCAUUUGCCAGUAUUGGCCAGUUAUUACAUUCUCGCCUUUUGUUACAAUAAGAACUGAGAAAUUUAUUGUUAUUGGCAUAUCGUUACAUUAUUGGUAGUUAUUGCUGAAUAUCAUUUUUUUUUUUUUACUUUUUACUAUAGAUGGAAUACACCCAUUCUCUGUCUACCGAUAGCGUUUCACAUGACCAAUGAUAGGAUGUUUUAUUAAGUUGUUUAUUUAACUAGCAUCUCCAUUGGAUGUCAGAAGCAUCAAUCAAAACCAAGCAUUUCCCGCCUCUUGUUUGGAGAAGCAUCAAACAAUUUUCCCUCAGCUAAUAACUCACUUGAAGUCAGAAGAAAGUGUUCUUCGCAGUUUGUUUGAGUCACAUGUAGCUGUCAAGGUAAAGUUACACCCUAAGCUUCUUGUUUGAAAACAGUAUUUACUAGUUAACAUUUGUAUUUAUGAUGGUUGUUUGCAUGGAAUACUUAUGGCUAAUUUUAACAACAUUGAUAGCUAAAUAAAACAGUAAGACAAAGCUCUGGUUAGGUCCAAAUAUUUAUACUAGCUGUGGAUGACCUAACCAAACUAACUGUACAUUAUUAUAAUGCAUGAUAAAGAAACCAUGUACCGCAUUUGCUGUGAACAAUCCCUGCAAGUCCAUUUAAAGCAUUAAACUGUUCACUGAUGGCUAUGUU